CCGCAGGUAAUAGUGUCGAGUGCCGAUCUGCGAGAACCCCGAGCUGGGCCAGGGGCUGCUGGCGGCGACGCAGUCGCUGUAGGCGGCAUGAGUUUGGCGGGGGGCCGGGCCCCACGGAAAACCGCUGGGAACCGGCUUUCUGGGCUCCUGGAAGCAGAGGAGGAAGAUGAGUUCUACCAGACAACUUACGGGGGUUUCACCGAGGAAUCUGGAGAUGAUGAAUAUCAAGGAGACCAGUCUGAUACGGAGGAUGAGGUAGACUCUGACUUUGACAUUGAUGAAGGGGAUGAACCAUCCAGUGAUGGGGAAGCGGAAGAGCCAAGAAGGAAGCGCAGAGUCGUCACCAAAGCCUAUAAGGAGCCUCUAAAGAGCUUGAGGCCUCGCAAGGUCAGCACCCCAGCAAGCAGCUCCCAGAAGGCCAGAGAGGAGAAGACGCUGCUGCCGCUGGAGCUCCAGGAUGAUGGCUCUGACAGCCGCAAGUCCAUGCGUCAGUCUACAGCUGAGCACACACGACAAACGUUCCUUCGGGUUCAAGAGAGGCAAGGACAGUCCCGGAGGCGGAAGGGUCCACACUGUGAGCGACCACUAACCCAGGAAGAGCUGCUCAGGGAGGCCAAGAUCACUGAAGAGCUCAACUUACGUUCACUCGAGACCUAUGAAAGGCUGGAGGCUGACAAAAAGAAGCAGGUUCACAAGAAGCGGAAGUGCCCUGGGCCAAUAAUCACCUACCACUCAGUGACAGUGCCGCUUGUUGGGGAGCCUGGCCCCAAGGAGGAGAAUGUGGACGUGGAAGGCCUUGAUCCUGCUCCUACAGCCUCUGCACUGGCUCCACAUGCUGGGACCGGGACUGGAGCAGCCGCUGCCGUCCCUCCUGCUCACUGCUCUCGCACCUUCAUCACGUUCAGUGAUGACGCAACGUUUGAAGAGUGGUUCCCCCAGGGGCGACCCCCGAAGGUCCCGGUGCGGGAAGUCUGCCCAGUGACUCACCGUCCAGCUUUGUACCGGGACCCUGUUACAGACAUACCCUAUGCCACUGCUAGAGCCUUCAAGAUCAUCCGUGAGGCAUAUAAGAAGUACAUCACUGCCCACGGACUUCCACCCACCGCCUCAGCGCUGGGCCCUGGGCCCCCACCCCCCGAGCCACUCCCUGGCUCUGGGCCUCGAGCCUUGCGUCAGAAGAUUGUCAUCAAAUAGAGACACCUGACCCCUAGACAGUCCCUCUCCUGACCUGACCCUUCCACUCUCGGUCCCUGCCGACCUUCGCCCAUGUUUCCUUCAGUCCCUCCCUAGUUCAUUUCAUUUGCUUGUGCUCUUCAUUUUUUUAAUCUAAUAAAAUGGUAAAAUCCUUUUUGUCUGAUCUGUAA